GAUGUGAACACUCCUAAAAAGGUACUCAUAAACGCUACGUGUCCCAGAUACUGGCUGUGCAGCUUUGCUGGAUUGUUCUAACAAGCCAAGCAGUAGAAAUACACAGGUUACCUGUUUUAUCUGCUCAGCUCUUCACUAACAUCAUGCUCUCUGGACUCAGCAGGAUGUUCUUUCUGGGAGUAACAUGUUUACUCAUGAGUUCAGGCUAUACCAGAGCUGAGACCACCGUGUCCCCACAAAGAAAGCCCGCCUGUGACAGCCAGAUCUGCCGCUUGAGCCACGUCCAGAGUGUAACAUGCGAAGGAUCUCAGGCAAACCUGCAGUGUGGUGAAGGGCAGGUUUUAGUUAUCCACGGAGCUGAUUAUGGACGCCGUGACAAAACCACAUGCUCUGCUGGACGUCCGGCCUCUCAGCUCCAAGAUGUCCAGUGCUCAAGUCAGACGAGCACCAGUGUUGUAGCUGAAAGCUGUAAUGGGAAAAACAGCUGUACUAUCUCAGCGACCAACUCUGUGUUUGGAGACCCCUGUGUUGGCACCUACAAGUACCUGGAGGUGGAUUAUACUUGUCAGUUCCAGACUGUAACAUGUGAAGAAUCUGAGGCAAACCUUCAGUGUGGGAAAGGGCAGAUUUUAGUCAUUCACAGAUCUGAUUAUGGACGCCAUGACCAAACCACGUGCUCUAACUUACAACCUCACUGUAGGCUCAGAGAUGUCCAGUGCUCAAGUCCAGAGAGCAUUGAAGUAAUAGCUGCAAGCUGUAAUGGGAAAAACAGCUGUAAUAUCUCAGCGAGCAACUCUGUUUUUGGAAACCCCUGUUUUGGCACCUCCAAGUACCUGGAGGUGGAUUAUACUUGUCAGUUCCAGAGUGUAACAUGUGAAGGAUCUGAGGCAAACCUUCAGUGUGAAAAAGGACAGGUUUUAGUUAUCCACGGAGCUGAUUAUGGACGCCAUGACAAAACCACAUGCUCUGCUGGACGUCCGGCUUCUCAGCUCCAAGUUGUCCAGUGCUCAAGUCAGACGAGCACCAGUGUUGUAGCUGAAAGCUGUAAUGGGAAAAACAGCUGUACUAUCUCGUCGAGCAACUCUGUAUUUGGAGACCCCUGUUUUGGCACCUACAAGUACCUGGAGGUGGUUUAUACUUGUCAGUGAAAAGAUUAUAUCAUCAACACAUCGUGUAACAUCUGAAUGUCACAUCCCCUCUGUUGAUGUCACUUCCACCAGCAUGUCAAGCCUCGAUGACAUCACUGCUGGAACGUGUUAACAAAUAUGAUUUUAUUGGAAAUAAACACAAAUAAACACACAUCCUGAGC